AUGAGCCUAGAAGAUACCAAGAAUGCAACAAACCAAAAAGAACAAACCCAAUUACCUCCCGAUGGAAAACCAGACACGUUAUUCCUCUACAUUUCCAUUAUAACUGCUCAAUUGAUAUCAAUCGCAUUCGGCGCUUCGGCGGUGUGGACUUCCCCGGUACUGGGAAAACUCCAACAGAACGACACCGAAACCAACCCCAUCGGCAGGCCCAUCACCACCGUGGAAAUCUCCAUGCUGGCAGGAAUACCGGAGCUCACCAACACCAUCGGCAUCCUCCUGAUGCCCAAGCUCUCCGACGUCUUCGGCAGGAAGCGGUAUUUGCUCUGCUCCGGCCUGGCGAUGCUCCUAGCAGGAAUCGGUCUAGCAUUCAGCAACACCGUGCUCCUGAUGAUAGUCGCCAGAUGUCUCUUCGGCUUCUCCGGAGCCUGGACAGUCGUAUGUCUAUACAUAGCUGAAGUGUGCGAGGAUCACAACAGAGGAAAAUUCGGGUGUUACUUCGGGAUUUUCCACCAAUUAGGCAAUUUGUUCGGCUUCGUCAUCGGCCCGUUUUUCAGCGUGAAAACCUUCACUUUGAUCACGACAGCUCCCAUGUUGGUGUUCGUUGCAAUCUUCGCGGUGGUGCCGGAGACUCCGAUUUACCUGCUGGUGAAAGGUAGAGAGGAGGAAUGCAAGAUGGCGUUGAGGAGAUUGCGGAGCAACAAAAGCGAGGAGGAGAUAGAGCGGGAUUUGGAGGGGUUGAAGGUGAUUCGGGCGAAGCAGAAGGAGCGGAAAGGGAAGUUGGUGGAUUUGAUCAAGAAACGGGAAAGUUUGCUGGCUGUUUUGUUCGGUUUGAUACCGUUGUUGACGAAGUAUUUGUCGGGAGUUACCGUGAUUUUCACGUUUCUGGCGCCGUUUUUCGAUUCAGCUGGUACUAGCUUAUCGGGCGAUAUCGUAGCGAUUAUAGUAGCAGUCGUUAAAAUCGUAUUUUUCGUACUAACUUCAUUCGUUAUCGAGAGAUUCGGCAGGAGAAUAUUGCUUCUCAUAUCAUCCACUGGUACAGCAAUACCCCUGUUUCUACUAGGAAUUUAUUUCUACCUACAAAGCAUCGAAUCAACUAUAUUAGUACACCUGGAUUGGAUACCACUAACCUGUCUUUUACUAACGGUUUGUUUAUACGGAUUAGGUUUAGGACCGAUUCCUCAGCCUUUUAUAUCCGAACUUCCAUCGGCUGAUCUUCGAGCGGUGACUUCUUCGUUAGUGCAUUCGAUUGGUAGUGUUGUUUCGUUCGCUUUAACUUUUUUGUAUCCCCUCGUAUCGGAGUCGCUGGGCAACCAAUGGUGCGUGUGGUGGUUUAGUGUGAAUUGCGCCGUUGGUUCGAUUUUGAUGUAUUUCUUCUUGCCGGAAACCAAGGGAAGGAGUUUCGAAGAUAUACAGGAGAUGUUGAAAGGUAGAGAGGAACAUUGA